AUGUUGAGAUCUGUCCACAGAACCACCAGCGCCGCUCGGAUCGCACAAUUAGCCAAGCGGUACUCAUCGUAUGCCUCGUCGGUUUUCCCCGAUGAGCCCUCGGUUCCCCAACUCAAAACCGAGGUUCCCGGUCCCAUCGGAACUCAAUUGAACACCAAUUUGGGAGACGUGUUCGAUAAUAGAGCCGCCUACUUUGUUACCGACUACUAUAAUAGUAUAGGUAACUAUAUCUCCGAUGCCGAUGGGAACAAGCUCCUCGACGUCUAUAUGCAGAUCGCAUCCAUCGGUUUGGGGUACAAUAAUCCUGCACUCAAGCAGGUUGCAAAACUGGACGAAAUGACAACAGCUUUAAUCAACCGGCCAGCUUUGGCAUGUUUCCCAGGAGUAGAUUACCAGAAAGUGCUCGAAGACGGUAUCUUGAAAGCCGCACCUCCGGGAAUGACUAAAGUUUGGACAGCCACCACCGGAUCCGAUGCUAACGAGACUGCAUUCAAGGCAGCGUUCAUGUUGCAAGCGGCACGCGACCGCGGGUCGCGUGACUUUAACCAACAAGAGCUUAUCAGUGUGAUGAACAAUGAAGCUCCUGGCGCCUCCGAAAAGUGUAUUCUUUCGUUUGACAAGGCGUUCCACGGACGGCUUUUCGGGUCUCUUUCCACCACGAGAUCGAAGGCCAUUCACAAGUUGGACAUUCCUGCAUUUCCAUGGCCCAAAGCACCAUUUCCAGCGUUGAAAUAUCCAUUGAAAGAUUUUGAAAAUGAGAAUAAACAAGAAGAAAAUCGUUGUUUGGAGCAAUUGGAGGACAUUAUAGUUGGAAAAGGUAAAGGAAAUAUCGCUGCUUUGAUUGUGGAACCUGUUCAAUCCGAAGGUGGAGACAACCAUGCCUCUGCCAGUUUCUUUCAAGGUGUUCGUGAUAUCACAUUAAAACACAAUAUUUUCAUGAUUGUGGAUGAAGUUCAGACUGGUGUGGCCGCCACAGGAAAGUUCUGGGCCCAUGAGCAUUGGAACCUUUCAACUCCACCAGAUAUGGUGACUUUUUCAAAAAAGUUCCAAGCAGCAGGUUUCUAUUUUAGAGACCCAGAAUUACAGCCUCGCCAAGCUUAUCGCCAGUUCAACACCUGGUGUGGAGAUCCAUCCAAAGCACUCAUUGCAAGGACAAUUGUUCAAGAAAUAGAGGCAAAUAAUCUUGUUGCUGCUACUGCCUCUGUUGGAGACUAUCUCUUCAACAACCUUUCUUCGCUUUUCGAAAAGUAUCCCGGCCACGCCUCCAAUAUCAGAGGUCAGAAUAUGGGCACCUUUAUUGCGUGGGACUCACCAAAUGCUGACCAUAGAGCCAAAUUUUUGUUGGCAUGUCGUGCCAAAGGUGUCAAUAUUGGAGGAUGUGGAGAAGCUGCUAUUCGGCUCCGUCCAAGUUUGGCUUUUAAUGAGUCGCAUGCUGAUGUGUUGUGUGGUAUAAUUGAGAAUGUGUUGGGGGAGAUGUAG